AUGCCUCCCAACGUGGAACAUAACACUACUGACAACAAUGUUCGGCUUACUUCGCCACCAUCAUCUCCUUCGCAAUCCUCGCCAGAAACUGUCCUAUACAGCUCCAAGGGUGAGAGAAAGGAAGACGGCACUGACGAUCAGAUAUUCGACGCCGAGACUGUGGCAGCAUCACCAACCGCGCCACUGGGCAAAGAGCUCGACCUCGACCUUGACGAGAACGGCCCGACCGUCUGUAUAGUGUCCCACAUCGAAGGCGAGCCAGUGUACAUGUCGGGCGCCGUCUCGCCGCAGGACAAGAUAGCGGAUGACCCAAGCGUAGCCGGGAACGACAACAUUGACUGCGACUAUCGCCUUGUCUUCGACCAGAUGCCAUAUAGAGUCAUUCGCCGCAGUGCGCUCUACUCGCUGGGCAUGCCUCCGGAAACCGACACGCUCGUCGAUCGUCUGCCGCCACAGUUCGUCACCACGAACCUUGGCGUCCAGAGAGCUUGGGAAGAGUGGACUGCGUGGAUGCAGAAUGUCGAGGGAGAAGGGUCCGACGCAUAUUCCCUCGACUCGGCUGCCGUGUUGGUACAAGCAAUUAUACACCGAGGGGGUCUGCCUCCAACGAGUGGUCAACAAAUCAUCUACCCGGAAGAUAUCAUACCGCUUGAGCAUUUACAACCGGAUCGCGCUGGAGGCUGGGAGUGGAACGGCAGGACUGAGGUCUACGAUCCGACAUUUUGGGUAGAGUUGAAGAUGCAAGGGGAGAUUUGGAAGGAGAUGCCGGAGAUUCCCAUUUUCGUAUGA